AUGGCAGAUAUUGGUAUACGGAACCCGAAGAUAGAACGGCUAGCGGAGCGUGAUACUUUGAGGUGUUAUGAUGACAUGUAUCUCGACAACCCCUACGCCAUAACGGGAACCAAGAGCUUCAUUUACCCAAUGGACGGUUCCAAUUGGGAAGGGAGAUCGUCAAAGUGGGACGACCCGAGCAGAACCGAUAUAAAAGAGGACAAAAAUGAGACGACGAAAUCGACUCAGUCGAUGAGAUCGACAGCCUGGGCACAAUCUAGGUACGAGCCGCAUGAGAACACACAUGCGAGCAGAGCAACACCCCAGGCGUACAGUCACUAUGUCCAAUCAGCGAGCCACACCCAAGCGGGUAUAAGCCAACCCCAAACAGACGCACAACGGGGACAAGGACGGUACAGAGGAAGGAAUUUCAUACCGAACUUCAGAAGUAAUAGGGGUGGAAGAGGUCGAGGUGGUGGAGCACGGGGCGGACAGAAUGGUAGUAGGGAAGGUGAAGGUGCAACCACGGGUAGCAUCCAGAGCGACCAGACCCAAAGGCAGUGA